UGAGAGGCCUGCUGUUGUGCUGCAGAAGAGGCCAGAAACAUCUCCAGCCAGCCUGCCUGUUGCUGCCUCUGGACUCCUUGUGAGUAGACUGCAGCCCCAGGCCCUUUCCAUCUGGGUGUGACUCAGCACUUCCUAGGAAGGACCAUCUAUAAAGCCUGAGUCCACAAGGCCCUGGCAGGGCUGAGAGGCCUGCUGUUGUGCUGCAGAAGAGGCCAGAAACAUCUCCAGCCAGCCUGCCUGUUGCUGCCUCUGGACUCCUUGUGAGUAGACUGCAGCCCCAGGCCCUUUCCAUCUGGGUGUGACUCAGCACUUCCUAGGAAGGACCAUCUAUAAAGCCUGAGUCCACAAGGCCCUGGCAGGGCUGAGAGGCCUGCUGUUGUGCUGCAGAAGAGGCCAGAAACAUCUCCAGCCAGCCUGCCUGUUGCUGCCUCUGGACUCCUUGUGAGUAGACUGCAGCCCCAGGCCCUUUCCAUCUGGGUGUGACUCAGCACUUCCUAGGAAGGACCAUCUAUAAAGCCUGAGUCCACAAGGCCCUGGCAGGGCUGAGAGGCCUGCUGUUGUGCUGCAGAAGAGGCCAGAAACAUCUCCAGCCAGCCUGCCUGUUGCUGCCUCUGGACUCCUUGUGAGUAGACUGCAGCCCCAGGCCCUUUCCAUCUGGGUGUGACUCAGCACUUCCUAGGAAGGACCAUCUAUAAAGCCUGAGUCCACAAGGCCCUGGCAGGGCUGAGAGGCCUGCUGUUGUGCUGCAGAAGAGGCCAGAAACAUCUCCAGCCAGCCUGCCUGUUGCUGCCUCUGGACUCCUUGUGAGUAGACUGCAGCCCCAGGCCCUUUCCAUCUGGGUGUGACUCAGCACUUCCUAGGAAGGACCAUCUAUAAAGCCUGAGUCCACAAGGCCCUGGCAGGGCUGAGAGGCCUGCUGUUGUGCUGCAGAAGAGGCCAGAAACAUCUCCAGCCAGCCUGCCUGUUGCUGCCUCUGGACUCCUUGUGAGUAGACUGCAGCCCCAGGCCCUUUCCAUCUGGGUGUGACUCAGCACUUCCUAGGAAGGACCAUCUAUAAAGCCUGAGUCCACAAGGCCCUGGCAGGGCUGAGAGGCCUGCUGUUGUGCUGCAGAAGAGGCCAGAAACAUCUCCAGCCAGCCUGCCUGUUGCUGCCUCUGGACUCCUUGUGAGUAGACUGCAGCCCCAGGCCCUUUCCAUCUGGGUGUGACUCAGCACUUCCUAGGAAGGACCAUCUAUAAAGCCUGAGUCCACAAGGCCCUGGCAGGGCUGAGAGGCCUGCUGUUGUGCUGCAGAAGAGGCCAGAAACAUCUCCAGCCAGCCUGCCUGUUGCUGCCUCUGGACUCCUUGUGAGUAGACUGCAGCCCCAGGCCCUUUCCAUCUGGGUGUGACUCAGCACUUCCUAGGAAGGACCAUCUAUAAAGCCUGAGUCCACAAGGCCCUGGUAGGGCUGAGAGGCCUGCUGUUGUGCUGCAGAAGAGGCCAGAAACAUCUCCAGCCAGUCUGCCUGUUGCUGCCUCUGGACUCCUUGCCUACUGCCCCCCUCCCUUUUUCCCAGCGCUGGCCUACUGCCCUCCUCGCUUUCCCCAGCAUUGGCUAUUGAACUAAGAGUCUGUCUUACUGAGGUCCACUCAUUAUUUAUAUAUUGCUGCUAUAACAAUCUUUAAAUGCUGUUAUAAUAACUAUUAUGCACUGUGAAGCCUGGUCCCCCUGACUAGUCUAUCAUCUCUAAUUGGUCCUGCCCUGGCACCUUAUAAUACCAUAUUGCACCAUAUUGAAUUAGUUCACCAUCAUAAUCCCCACUGCCUGCCUUGCACUUUAGUCAGCUCAGACCCCUAUACCUAUGCUGCUCAUGCACCCUCUGCACUUUACAACUGCAUUUGCACUUUGUAUUGUUGGAGGGGGGUGGGGGAGGCUGGAGGGUUAUGGGGACUGCAGGGUGGGGGAAGGGAAUGGGUGUGAAAGGAUGCCAAUCUAUAACAGAAAACUAGUAAACCAAAUAACAUCGUUUGGACCAGGGGAAGAGAAAGGGAAAGGACAGUGUGAUAGGGGAGGAGGGUGUUCUGAUGGGUGGGGAGCCCCUAUAGAGGUGGUGUCUGGGAGGGGGAGAUACGGGAAAGGGAGACCAAAUCAUUUAAUUCGGCCUAGGGUUUUUGGUAGGACAUUAAUAGUUCCAAAACGGUCUCCUGACAUAGCUAAUCUGGGUAGCCAGGAUGGCGGUCCCUCCAGGUUAAAGGUGGUGCUGUUUAAUGCCAGGUCAGUGAACGGAAAAACAUCUUUCAUCCAAGAUCUCAUCUUGGAUGAGCAUGUAGACCUGGCAUGUAUUACGGAGACCUGGCUGGACGAGAUGGGAGGAGUUAAUCUCACCCAGCUCUGCCCGCCAGGUUAUUCCGUACAGCACCAGCCGAGAACUGGAGGGAGGGGAGGUGGGGUCGCGGUGGUCUAUAAGGAUUCCAUCCCCCUGACCAGGUGCCCCGUCCCACAGUCGACCAUGUUUGAAUGUGUCCACCUGAGGGUGGGAGACCGGGACAGAUUAGGGAUUCUGUUAGUGUACCGACCACCCCGCUGCACUACAGUCUCCCUGCCUGAGCUAGCUGAGGUGGUCUCGGGCCUGGUGUUGGAGUCCCGGCGGCUCAUAGUGCUGGGGGACUUCAAUGUCCAUGCCGAGACCAACCUCUCAGGUGCAGCUCAGGACUUCAUGGCCGCCAUGGCAACCAUGGGGCUGUCCCAAUUAGUAACAGGCCCCACCCACAGUGCGGGACACACACUGGACUUGGUCUUCUGUCAGGGAUGGGAGGAAGGUGGCGGUGUGGAGGAGCUCACCAUCGCUCCGUUGCCAUGGACCGACCAUCACCUGAUCAGGUUUAGACUUACUGCGCCCCCCAACCUCUGCAGGGGUGGUGGACCUAAAAUGGUCCGCCCCAGGAGACUUAUGGAUCCAGAAGGAUUCCUGACGACUCUUGGGGAAUUUCCCGCCUCCUCGGCAGGUGAUCCUGUUGAUGCUCUGGUCUCUCUCUGGAAUGGAGAGAUGACUAGGGCAAUAGACACGAUUGCUCCGGAGCGUCCCCUCUCGAGUAACCGAGCUAAACCAGCUCCUUGGUUUACUGAGGAGCUGGCAGCGAUGAAGCGAAAGAAGAGGGAACUAGAGUGCGUGUGGCGAUCAGGGUAUAACGAGUCAGACCGAACACGGCUAGGCUCCUAUCUUAGGGCAUAUGCCGCGGCAAUCAAAGCUGCAAGGAGAGCCCACCUUGCGGCCAACAUUGCGUCCGCACAGAACCGUCCGGCGGCGCUGUUCCGUGUCAUCAGAGGGUUGUUAACUCCCACCAAUCAAGGUGGGAGCCCUGAUAACUCGGCAGCCCGCUGUGAAGCAUUUGCUCGGUUCUUUGCGGACAAAGUCGCUCUGAUCCGUUCCGACUUUGACACCAUAUUAACGGCAGUCUCUGAGGAUGUAACGAGUGCACCUGCUUGUCCAGUUUUGUUGGAUUCAUUUCAAUUGGUUGAGCUCGAGGAUGUGGACAAGAUCCUGGGAGAGGCGAGACCGACCACAUGCAUCCUAGACCCCUGCCCAUCCUGGCUGGUGAGAGAAGCCAGAGGGGGUUUGGCCGAGUGGGUGAAGGUGGUGGUAAAUGCCUCCCUUCGGGAGGGCAAGUUUCCAGCGAGCCUAAAAAUGGCUGUGAUCAAGCCGCUGUUGAAAAAGCCAUCAUUGGAUCCCACUCAAUUCGGAAACUUUCGGCCUAUUUCCAAUCUCCCCUAUUUGGGCAAGGUCUUGGAACAUGUGGUUGCUUCGCAGCUCCAGGGUUUCUUGGUUGACACUGAUUUUCUGGAUCCGGCACAGUCUGGCUUAGGCCGGGGCAUGGUACUGAGACAGCCUUGGUCGCCUUAG